GUAUAGUAGCUUUUAAAGAGGUUAUCGGGAAGAGGAGGCUUCGAUCUUUAAAUUAAUGGUGGUUUUAGUUGCCAAGUAUGAAAAAGACGUCUGAAGUUGAUCCCAAUAUCGAUAUCAAACUGUACCUUGAACAUCUUUCGUGCGAAAAUUAAUUUGUGAACGCGACAUUUAACCUAAUGUCCGGAACUGUUCUAAAUUACUGUCCUCGAAUUAACGAGAAGUAUCAUUUUCGCCCCGAUGUGCGGUAAAGGGGGGACGAUUUAAAAAUCGUUAGUAGAUGUGUGCUGCAAAUUCGCGUUGUCAGUCUCCUCCGCAAUCGGGAUCACCUAACAAGGGCCACACAGACAACGUUGAGUUUCACCACCAACAUACACCACAUCCUCAUCCAUACGCGUAUUAUCCACCACCCCCGCCUUAUCCGCCCUUCAAUCCCUAUGCUCCUUACGCGCAUUAUGCUCCAAAUAAUGGAUUUUAUUCGCCGCCCUAUUGCAACGACGUACCGCAAGAGACAAAAGGUUCGUCCUGGAUCAGCAUUAUCUUGCUAAUUCUUUUGGCGCUGGCCGCCAUUAGCAUUGUUUUUUAUCGGUCACUCUCUCGCGAUGCUCGACGAAGAUUAAACGCUAGGCUGCCCACCUUAACGCAACCGGCACAGGGUAAUAAUCGCGGGGACAGAGUACUUUAAUUCCCUGCGAUAUCCUGAGCGGGCCACAUCCUAAAAAGGUCGUCUUUUUGAACCUGUAGACCGCGAAGAGCAAAAGAGACGCAAAUCAGAAUUAUCCAGCAGAAUUUAUUCUAUUUUCUGACCGGAGUCCCGCACACAAUAGACAUUACGUUUUUUGCGACGGAUGCGAAGAUCGUAGUUCCACAUCGGAGAUUAAUAAUAAUGGAAGUUGCAAGCCGGACGGAAAUAGGAACGAAGGUGUCAUAGAAUUUUCGUCGUCAAAGAAAAUCAAUGUCGCCACUAACGUAUCCGGUACAACCGUGACUCGAUCGACAACCACCUAGAAAUCAUUUAAAUCGAACGCAAUGCAAAUCAAAGGAUGUUUAAUAUCGUACAGAUUUAAUUCGAUCCGUGUUUACCUAAUCAGGAUAUUAUAAAUUCAAAAUGUCGAGAAAGUAAGAGGAGGCGUUAAUUACGAUACCGCACAAAUGAGAUAAUUGCGUAAUUACGAAUGAUCGAAUGGAUUACGCAAAAUUAAGGUAACAGUUUCAUUAAGACGUAACGUUGUAUCUAACGUAUAUUGAAUUACGUGUUAUCUAGAGUGAUACUUUUAUUACAUCAUGAACCAUGAUGAUAAUUGACACUUGAUAGAUUAAAAUUAUGUUUAUAGAUGAUAAAAAGCUUUAAUCAUUAAUAUUCCAAAAAUUAUUGAGUAUCUAUAAUGUGAUAUGUUCUUAAACCUGAUAGUUAAGUUUACAAGUGUGCAAAGUUUCAACAAAGUCGGUAACCCGAAGGGCAAAAUAAAAUAAAUAAAAAAAAAAAGUCACACUAUACAUUCGUUUUGUUAGAAAAACAAAUGUAAACCGAAUACGAUAUAAAAUACGAUCACUGUGAAAAUUAAUAAAGUUGACAAGUUACGAUACAAAUUUCAAAGUAUAAAAUUAUUUGUGCGAACUUAUAAUAAAUAU